AUGUGCGGGUCUAGUGAUCUCAACGAGCGAAUGCGAGCCCUUGCCUUGUCAGACCUUCACGACAAAGACUAUCUUGCCACAGAUUCCACCAUCGAGACCAUUGUCGAAGAGGAUAUCAUACCGAAAUUCGAGAACGAGUACAAGAGGAUAUUCAAGUAUCGCGAUACGACCCAGCGCUUCAGAUUCCGACUCAGAGCUCUCCGCGCCUCCACAAACAACGGACGACUGCUGGAUGGGCAAUAUGUGCUGGACUAUGCCGACAUGUGGAACAUCUUCAAGCCUUCCCUGGAGACAGUCCGAAAGCUCAUGAAGGGUCAAAUCCGAUCCGCGGUUGCGAAACGUAUCGAGGUCGACUCAGUCGUUGUCAUCGGAGGAUUUGGAGAUUCUCCGGCUCUCAGAGAGUAUCUUCGGAUAUGUCUGAACGAGCUCAAUCGGCAAUAUGGCCUUCAAAUGGACAUCAAGUUCACUCCGGCCAACACAGGGGCCGCUGGAAUAGCCAAGGGGGCCAUCAUGCGAGCUCAAGACAAGCAACUCGGACCAGAGCGCAUACCCACGCAAAGCAUAGGAAUCUAUCGCCACAUACAUUGGGAGGACGGCUUGACCGCGCCAUACAUGAAACAAAGGGUGGAAAAGGACGGAUCGGAUUACUUGAUCAAGAAUACCAUCCAUUGGAUUGUGAAGCGCGUACGUAUCUUCCUCUGCGAGACCUAG